CCCAAGGAGAGCAGCCCUUUCAUCAACAGCACGGACCUGGAGAAGGGCAAGGAGUACGAUGGCAAGAACAUGGCCCUCUUCGAGGAGGAGAUGGACACCAGCCCCAUGGUCUCGUCCCUGCUGAGCGGGCUGGCCAACUACACCAACCUGCCACAAGGCAGCCGGGAGCACGAGGAGGCUGAGAACAAUGAUGGGGGCAAGAAGAAGCCGGUGCAGGCCCCGCGGAUGGGCACCUUCAUGGGUGUCUACCUGCCCUGUCUCCAGAACAUCUUUGGUGUCAUUCUCUUCCUGCGCCUCACCUGGGUGGUGGGGAUCGCUGGCAUCAUGGAGUCCUUCUGCAUGGUCUUCCUCUGCUGCUCCUGUACAAUGCUGACGGCCAUUUCCAUGAGCGCGAUUGCCACCAACGGCGUGGUGCCAG